AGAGCGCCGAGCCCCCUCAGCCAAUUUAAGCCGCCCGCUCUGUUCCUCCCACGCGCUUCCUCCUGCGGCCUCCCAUCCAUCUUGGGCGGGCGCCGCGCGGGGUUGGGGCCCAGCAGAGCUCGCCAUGGCGGCCGUCAAGUCCACCAGGCCCCACCACCACCGCCGCGCCGAUGCGUCGUCCCCGGCGACCUCCCUGGCCGUGGCGGCGGCGAGGGCCCAGGACGCCCCGCGCCACCGCCCGCGGGCGCCGGUGCAGGUCCGGGAGCGGCAGGACGGCGGGCAGCAGCAGCAGCAGCAGCUGCGGCGGUCCGCGGCAUUCCCGCCGCGCCGCCAGGUGCGGCGCCCGCCCAAGCGCUGCGACAGCGACCUCAACAUCCGGGAGCACCGCAGCUGCAGCGAGGUGGCGGGCGGCACCGCGGCGGGGUGCGCCGCCGUGUGCUGCUGCUUCCCCUGCGUCAUGGUGGAGGUCGUGGUGCUCGCCACGGUGCGCGCGCCCGCGGCGCUGUGCCGCAGGGCCGCCCGCGUGCGCAAGGGCCGGCGGCGCUCGGCCUCCGCGGGGCAGGCGACGGAGAUCUACGAGCUCCUCGUGGACGACGGCGGCAUUGUCGAGGUGGACGCCAGCGCCGCCGAGGCGGUGGCGCUGCCCGUGAAGCCCGCGCUGGAGGAGACGGGGGAGCUGGAGAAGGAGGUGUGGGCGAGGUUCUACGGCACCGGCUUCUGGAGGAGCCCGUCGAGCCUCGAAGAGGACAGUUGAUCGGAGCAGCAGGCCCACGAGCGACCCAGCUCCGGCGACGCGUAGGCGCGCGCUCCUGCUCGCGCGUGCUUGGUCGGGUUUCCUCCGUUUUCCGCGGGAAGAAGAGAAGACCGAGGAAAAAGUAGAGGAAAUUUGAAUCGUCUGUUGGACGCUACCGUUCUUCGUUUUUCC